UCGUCGAGUCGGCUCGCCCGCCCUGGUGGGCUCUCUCCGCACGAUUUUCAACUCUGCCGUCGUGUCCGCGCGCGCGGACAAUGCGGCCGUAGCGCAUUUAUGAGUCUCCUGGCGCCAUCCGACACGUACUACAAGAACUCCCUCUGCGGAUCGUCACAGCACUGCCUCGAAGCGAGCCCCAAGCUCGGAAUACCCGUGCUGGGCGCGCCAUGUACGAGUCGACCACCUGCGACGAGCGUUCUCCAACGGCGGUGAGACGUCCGGAAUGCAGAGUCGCUGCCACGCAGGCGCUGCGAGUUUGGUGGACGACUCGCACGUCCGCGCCAAGUCUCGUCAUCUCCAUCGACCGCAGACACAUCAUAAAUACUCCAUAAUCCCAUCCGCAUGACCGUGGAUGGCCCUCGACGCCGCGUCCGGAUGAGCGCAAGACGCGCGCACUCGGCCGCAUGCGGGCGCCUAUUUCGACAGAACUCGAAACUGCAAAGGCCCGCGCCCUCGACAGCUGCCUUCUGCCACCUCUCCCACUCGCCCCCGCUGUAUAGACUCGGCGCUGUGUCUGCGCGCUCCCCCGACGCGCUUCUUCCCGCCAAAUUUCCCUCACCUCCCCGAUGCACCCGUCGGCGCGUGUCCGCGGCGCGAGCGCAUGCGUGAGCUCGCGGUGCG